AUGUCCGGAAAACAAGAACGCAACCGAAAGAGCAGAGAUAAACCCACCCAGGGCCGCGAAAUCGCCAUUUCCAAAGCCCUGAGCUAUAUCCUUCGCCAUGCGGCCGAGCGCGAGGGUCUAAAAAUGGAUGCUCAGGGGUAUGCUAAUGUCGCUGAUGUGCUGGAAUGGCGAAAACUCAAAUCCCAAAAAGCAACCUUCCCCGAGAUCAUCCACGCCGUCGCCUCGUCGGAUAAGAAGCGCUUUGCGCUAUUACACAUUCCGUCCGAAGAAGCCGAGAAGGACGCUGCGCCUACGAAGAUCUGCACCACGGAACAAGAACCAGCUACGAGUACGGGUACAAGGUCCGGUGCGGAAGGGCAGGAAAAUUCGACGCAAAAAGCACUCACGGUGAACGAUCCCGAUCCCGCGCACUUCCUUAUCCGGGCUACGCAGGGACAUAGUAUCAAGAGUGUGGAUGCAGCGGCGUUUCUGGAAAAAUUGGCGCUUUCAGAGGAGGAUAAGUUACCAUCGACUGUUGUGCAUGGCACGUAUCAUUCCGCUUGGCCGGCGAUUCUGGAAUCAGGGGGGUUGCGCUGCAUGGGACGAAAUCAUGUGCAUUUUGCAACAGGGCCAACGCUUGACUCUGUCCUUCCAUUGCAUACUGAUGGGACAAGUCAUACCGUGGAAGGAUUGAAGUCUUUGGGCCUGGAUGACGGACGCGUGAUCUCGGGCAUGCGCAGAGACGCACAGGUUCUGAUCUACAUCAAUCUGCGCAAAGCGCUGGAAGCAGGGUGUCCGUUCUGGCGCAGUGAGAACGGGGUCAUUCUGAGCGAGGGGCUGGCCUCGAGUAAGGAUGAUGGGAAUGGGAAUCAGUUGAGCUUUGUGCCGUUGGAUUUCUUCGAUGUUGUUGUGGAAAGGAAGGCUGGGUUGGGGAAGAUUUGGGAGAAUGGGAAGAGCGUGCAGGAGCUGCCGGUGGAGUUGAUGAAGAAGUGGAAUCCAAAGGUGAAAAAUAAUGAGAAGGGGAAAAACAAAAAUGAUAAGAAGAAUGAAAAGGGGAAGAAUAAGGAUAAAGGAAAGAAUAAAGGUGAGGGGGAGAAACAGGCUGAUGAGUGA